UGACCCUUUUCCACUUGCUAUAUAAACUUAACCAAGAUCAUAUAGUUUUCUCCAUCAACAACCAAAACAAGCAAUGGAUCAAUACAAAGGUUCAGAUGUUGACAAAUACAGAUGCUUUAUGAGUGGUGAAGGUGAGAAGAACACCACAUGGAGGUAUGGUAAACCCCCUACCUAUGAAGUGGUCAACAAACUCUUUGAAGAAGGCAGAACCACGCCAUGGCCCGCAGGUUCAUUGGAAGAACAAGUUCAAAAUCUGGUGAAAACAUGGGAAAUGGAGUUGUUCCAUAAAAUAAACCCGAAAGAUCGUAAAACAACUGAUGUCACAAAGUUAGAAAUUAUUGUUAAUGGGCGUAACCCUUUGACACCAGAAGGUGUAGCUGAGAUAGGUGGAGGGUACAAUAUGUUUCUUCAAACUUCAUUGCCAAAAAAUUUACGACUAUACGAUCCUACUGAGGAAACUGUCGAUACGGCUCACGAACUCUUCACCACUACAUUUGAAAAAGGUUUCGCAAUGGAGAUUCUCCAGGUUUAUUCUGGUCCUCCAGUGAUCGUGUAUAAGUUUAGGCACUGGGGUUACAUGGAUGGACCGUUCAAAGGCCAUCCACCUACCCACGAAUUGGUAGAAAUGUUUGGUGUAUGUGCAAUGAAGUUGGAUGAGAACUUUAAAGUCGUGAAGAUGGAGUUAUUUUACGAUAGAGGAGAAUUGCUCGCCGGCCUCAUGAAGGGCGCAGGUGCCACAACUGCUGCAACCGGUACUGGUGGGGGAUCUUCGACAUGCCCAUUUUUUAACGGAUGAAACACUGAUUCAUUUGCUAGUAAAAUGAAUAUGAUUCUAUCUGGAUGGAAUAAAUAAAGUUAUGUUUUUAUUUUUCAUUUGUAUCGUCUGUCUGUUGUUGUAUGGAGGUUCAAAAAUCGAAAUCUUUAGUUUUCAUAGUUGUAACUCGUAAACAUUAAUAAAAAUAAAGUAAUGUUUUUGUUUUU